AUGGUUCUUGACUCAAGUUGGUGGAGACAUUUCUGGGCUUCGCCUUUACUUCCGAAGUGGAAAAUGUUUGCUUGGAAGAUUAUCCAUAAUGCGUUGCCUUCUGCUUUGUUACUUGCUCGGAAGGGUUUGCCUGUGGAAUCCAAAUGUGGAUUCUGUCAUCAGGAGGUGGAGACUCUUUCUCAUCUUUUCCGAGAUUGUCCUUUUACUUGGAGUUUAUGGGAGGGCCAACCUUGUGGAUCGACCUUGAAUAUAUCCCAAGAUCAGUCCUUUGAAGAGUGGUUUCCCGAGGUUCUUUCUAAGUUUAUUCAUGAUAAGGACUGGUUGAUGCUAGAUCAUUUUUUUAGUUUGUUAUGGGCCCUCUGGCUUACUCGAAACUCCUUGAGAUUUCGAUCUACGGUUUAUUCUCCUGAAUCGAUUUUAGAGCUAGCUUCUAGUUGGGUGGAUAGGUGUUCCGAGGCUAGGUCGUUCAGAUAUGAUAUUACUCUUGAGUUUCCUCCUGGAUUUUCUGGUACUAUGUCUUCUGCAGUUCUUCGAGGGAAUGCUUCGGAUGCUUGUACUGUCAGUCUUACGUUUGAUGGGGCCUGGAGUUCUGAUAGUCAUAAUGCGGGUACUGGAUGGGUAUUUUUGGAUCUGGUUUCUGAUGGUCAUCUUGGGGGUGGGGCACAGGCUUGUAGCUCUAAUUCUGUGUUCCAAUCGGAACUGAUGGCUUGUCUCUUUUCUUUACGCCAUGCUAGGCAGCGUGGGUAUUCUUCUUUACAGAUUCUUACCGACUGUUCUUUGGUGGUGGAUUUGCUUCGUUCUCAGGUUCCCAAGGAUAUUUUUGUGCGUUGGAUUCAACAGGAGCUUCUGGAACUUAUUGGGGCUUUGGUUGUGUGUCAUGUUCAGAAGGUUCCAAGGUCUACGGUUGCUCAAGCUCACUGUUUAGCAGGGAUGACGCGUCGGCGUAAUUUACUUUGUUUCCGUUUUUAG